ACAAAAUCGGGGCGAAGUGUCACGACUGUUAGGCUGUGGUCUAGACCGUCGUAAUACGGUCCUAUCCUUGAUGUCUAUACUGCAGAUGAUAGAACAACUGUGACUGGUUCCCUAUCGAAAAAAACGACUAAUCGAAUGAUGUUUACCUCUGUCUGUGAUAACAGUGGGUCAGGGUCUUAAACUGUGGUUGUAGAGUGAUGUAAUAAAUGUAAUGCGUUUGUGGGUGGGGCCUGAAUGGCAGCAAUAAUUAAAGACACGGGGGAGCUAUGGACACGCCUGUUUGAUCAUAGGCCUUUUUUAAAUGGAGAGAUCAAAUUUGUUCUGAGAGAAUUUGAAGAGAAGAGAUCAGAUGGGGAAGUAGAAAAGCUGUUCAAAAUACUUGAAUGUGUAUCAGAGAUUAAAGAUACUCAGAUUGAGAGAGUAAAAUUAGCUUCUGAUAUUCAUUUACCGAAUCUGAAUGGAAACCUGGAAGUAGCUGUGAGCAUGUGUAAUGGGAUUCUAGAGAAAGAACAAAAACAUCGUUCGGAUACAACAUUGGAAGCUAAGAGAGAAAUUCGAAAGGCUGAAUGGGAAAAUUUUAUAGAAGAUAUGGCUCAAAAAUGUGCUAAAGUUGAUACAACUUUCCAAGAAAAAGAACAAGAACUGAAGGACUUUUACUUAGACCUUGAGAAGAAGCUUCACAUAACAAAAUAAGAGUUGGCCUGGUUUGUGCAAUAAAUUGUCAAAAUGGGAUCCAUAAAUGACCCUACAAUAAAAAUAAAACCUUCGAAGAAGCUUGAGAAUUUCAUAGUAGAGUGCUUAGGAGAGUGCAGCGAUGUUUCAGAAGGAAUUAAACAGAUUCAGCUGGGUGAAUAUUCAGAUAGUGAAGUUUUACUAAGUAUUUCGGACAUAAAA